AAAAGGGGCAUGUGUCAAUCAUUUGAAAAAUAUACAAUUUAUAACCUCAAAAAAAACAAGAAAACAUAGUUGUUUUUAGCUUCAAAUUUUUUUUUAUUUUUUUUUCAUUUUGAAGCUAUGGAAUCUAAUUCAUCCUCUAAUCUUACUCAGAAUUUGAAAUUGAGUAACAAAGAAAAUGAUGAAGCAGACAUAAUAAGUUUCAGGUUAUUAGACCUAUCCGAUGUUGAUGAUUUUAUGGAAUGGUUUGGAGAUGACAACGUUAGUAAAUUCUGUUCAUGGGACACAUUUAAAUCCAAAGAAGAUGCUAUGUCAUAUGUUGCUGAUGUUGCAAUACCACAUCCAUGGUUCAGAGCAAUUUGCUUAAAUGACAAACCAGUUGGUACACUUUCUGUAUCACCUUUUCAUGGUACUGAUAAAUGUAGGGGUGAACUGGGAUAUGUGUUGGCAUCCAAGUAUUGGGGGAAAGGCAUUGCCACGAGGGCAGUGAAGAUGGCGGCUUCCGCCAUCUUCGUAGAGUGGCCUCACUUAGAGAGACUUGAAGCUGUAGUGGAUGUUGAUAAUCCAGGAUCACAAAGGGUGUUGGAAAAAGCUGGUUUUAAAAAAGAAGGUGUUUUGAGGAAGUAUUAUUUACUUAAGGGAAAACCAAAAGAUAUUGUUAUGUUUAGUCUUUUAUCUACUGAUCAACAAGUUACCUAUUUUAUGUAAUAAGUUGGUUAAAUCUUUAAUUAAUUAGUUGGUUUCUCAUCAGCAUAAGAAUGUUUGUGUGCGGUGAGAAAUUAAAUAUUGUUGAAUCAUGAGGAGUCUAUUUUGUGUUAUAGCUCUGAUCUCCUCUAUUUACUCUGUUAUCACUUAUUAGAAGGCUAGUGAUUCUGUAGAAAACAUUAUGUAAUUAAGGUCAGUUUUAAUACUUAAAAUAAGUUAUAUAGUGUUUUCUCUCUUUAUUA